UAAACCAAACCUCACACAUCACACUCACACAAGCUUCGCUACUCAGUCUGAGCCAUGGCGUCAGUGAGACCACACCGCACGACGUAGCUCCCUAUUCGCCCUUUCGAGUGUAGUGUACUUUUCAUGACUAUAAUAGUAGGGAAACCUUGUUAGUCGCCGUUUCGCUUUCAGUCAGCUGCGUUACGGAUUUUUCUUCGAUUACUCAGUCGACGGACACUGAAACGUGUUAGUGUAAUGAUGCAGAUAUGGGUAUAAAAGUUAGCCGUGUAAGUGAGGCACCACCAAGCACUUGUAUAUCUGUCCUUGCACGAUUGCCAUGAGAUGUUGGAAGUAUCUCCUUUCAGUGGUACUGUCGGUACUGCUUGGGAAUCAGUGUGAAACCGCUGCAAAGGAACAAGCAUGUGUGAUAUCAUCUGGCAUCGUGCAGAUACCCUGGGUCUGGCCUCAGGUCCUAGUGACGUCAUGGGUUCCCCCGAGAAAUGGCUCAGACAGAGACCCAGUUCUCUUAGAAUUCAAAGUCGACUUCGUGGAUGACAUCUCUGAUGUCCUGCUGCUGAGAUCCAAUAAUGUUACGAUUCUGACCCAAAACGAUGACCGGGUCAGCGCUGAUGCACAAGUGUAUCCAAACGAGAAUGGCUGGGGAGGUUGGCUGAGUGUGACGUUCGAGGUGAAAGACACCUACGUUCUCAGAAGAACCGAUUCGGACGAGGUGGUGUUCUCUGCGGAACUGGGCAACCCCACAGCUCAUGUGCGAGAGGUAGUCAUUACAGGAAGCAACGUGACCGUUAACUGUGACAGCGAUGAACUGAUCUGGCACGUCUUCAGAGGGAAGAAGACGGUCCCCUUGACCCCGGGAGGUAGAGGGUGGAGGGUGGGCAUCCUCCCGACAAGUGAGGUCUUGCCGACCUUGACCCUCGACGGUAGCGCUACCAAUUUGACUCUCGGGCUGAGUGCCGGGAGAAAAGGCAUCAGUGCCAACACUUCCGUGCCCCUCGAGCCCUUUACCCGGUACAGUUUCGUCAUCGAGUGCUUGUCUUCGACAGAACCGGGUGAAGAUACGAGCCUGAACUGUUAUGUGAAGGCCAAGAAAUCACUUCUGAAAGCUUUCAAGCUACCCUUGAUGCCACGUUUCUUAGAGAUAGAAGGGGAAAGCAUAAAACCAUUCUACUUCAUACAGAACAUUGUUCCCUUGCCUGUCAUCGUACCUGUUAUUGAUACAACUCCUGCUCAGAGUGGUAGUCAUUCGUCAGCUUCUAGUCCGGCUUCCGGAGGCGGCGGCAGUGGUGGGGGAAGCCAUGGUAGUGGAGGCCAAGUAAAACUUGGAUGGAGCGGCUGGUGGGCUGCUUUGGCCGUUAUCUUGGGAUGCAUUCUCAUCUUCGUCAUCAUCAUGUGCUUUGUGUCUCAUUAUCACAGACCAAAGAUAGAGAAGCUAGACCCCAUUUGGUACACCAGGAAAAUGUCAAAGAGGUACUUGGAAACAAUGAAUUUAAUAUCUGAAGCCAGCCAAGAGCAUCUUGAAAGUUCACCUGUACCUGAGCGACGCCCGCUCUUGGCGAGGUCUUGCUCUGUAGUUGUGAAUGUUGAAGACCCAAAGAUGACAAAAACUUGUAACCUGAGAUUUAUUGGAGAUGAGAGUACUUGUAAUCCCAAGUGGCUGGGGAUCAACAUUCCAGUUCAGGCACCAUUAAGGCUUUGGAAUGCAGUGUCCUCUGGAGAGAUUGAAGAGGUUGAACAGGUUCUGGCAACAAUGACACCUGACCCUGAAAUUAUGUUGCAAGGAUGGGAUACUUCACCCUAUGAGGAAGCUCACAGACGAGGGCAUCACCACAUUCUAAAGGUCCUCGAUGCCUUUAUGAGUAGACAGCCACAAAUACCAGACAAUGAUAUGAUCAUCAGUGUUAUGCAGGCCCAUGCCAGGAAUGUUGAGGCUUUGUUUGAGGCUGCAAGAGGUGGUCAGUACCGACAUGGAGGUGGAGUUGAUGUCCUUCUUCGCUCUUUCAGCUUGCCAGGUACUGUACGUGACCAGCAGGGACAGUCACUGCUUCAUUAUGCAGCUUCUGUGAAGUUAGCUGAUGGAGGACCUCUCUGGUUGGCUCCUGACAUCAGGAGCUUAGUAGAGAAUCACAAGGUGUAUGUGAAUGCUGUUGAUUAUAAAGGUCAAACAGCACUACAUGCACUUGCAGAAAAGGCAAGUAUGAGUGACCAAAUAACCUGCUGGGAUGGAAAAGCAGUAUAUGUUAGCCAAGCAUGGGUCAAUCUAGCUACCUUGAUCAUGAAGCUUGGAUGUGACCCUAGACUACCGGAUAAUUCCAAUCGAUCUCCUAGUGAAGUUGCUCAGAUAAAUGGAAACAUUCCUUUAGCAGAUGAAUUUGAAAAGGAACGUGCAAAAUUGGGGCCAUCUAACUUCUCUAAAUAUUUAGAUAGAUUCAAAGACUUCCUUGAAGCAUCUAAAAUGGGAAAAGUGAAUGAUAUGCAAGAGCUCCUAAGGGAGGGAGUUAGCGUCUUGCCAAUAGGGUCCAGGAGUGAUCCACUACAAGAAGCUAUCAAAGGAGGGCACAGAGAUGCAGUAUUCUUACUCCUGAGUGCAGGAGCACCUCUGUGUGCCCAUGGGUUGGUUGGGGACACACCAUAUGAAGCAGCUCAUAGUACUCCCGGUCUUCCAGCAUUGUUCCCAGCUCUUAUAAGAAAGGCACUCUGUGGACAACUGGAGGUAGAGACAAAUAUCAUUAGGGGUUCUAAUGAGAUCCCAGAGCUUCUGAAAAAAGGUUCAAAGGAUAUCAAGACUAUUAUUGAAAAAUCUGGUCAUAAACUAGCUUCAGAACUAGGCAAAUGGAUGGACGAGCAGCCUGCGUACAGUUUGCAUAAUUUCAAUGAAAUGUUGGCUACUGCAUCCUCCUUGGGUCUUACUUUAACUUGUCAACUUAUGGGAGUGGCAGGGGUAAGACUUAACCCUCUCCCAAGUGAGCAGCAGCCUUUACUACUUGCAAUCAACAAUAACCAACAUAAUACAGUGUAUUCCCUGUGUCGAGACUUGAAAAUGAACCCAUACAUUAUUGGAGUUACAGAAGAUGAGAUUUCACAGCAGCUGAAGAAUGAUCUGCUUCAGAGUGAGCUACUGAUAUUUGAAAAGAAACUGCAUAAAGCAGCUUUCGAUGAAGUUACAGUUGGAAAUUUAAUGAAUGAUGCAAAUGGCAUUAGUGAAAAAGGAAGCAUUAAAAAUCCGUCAAAAAUGUUCUUGUACUUGCUUGCUGAAUUGAGCCUCGUGACUUUGUUGCAUCGAACAAGGAAGUUUUCAGAUGACUCUUUACUUGAUACCAUAGUAAAUGAUGCAACGGGAUCAACAAUGCUUCAUAUUGCCGCUGCUUAUGGGAGAAUCAACAUGAUUGAAUACCUUCUCUCAGUAGGAGCAGACCACACAUGUAAAACAAAAGAUGGACUUACUGCUCCUCACUUGGCUGCAGCUAGGGGCCACAAGAAAUGCAUGGAGUAUAUCAUUGAUUAUACAAAACAUCAUGAAAAAUGGAAUUCAGUUCUACCUCAGCAAGUACUCAAUAGUUUUGAAGAAAAUAUGAAAAGCUAUCACUUAGAUGUUCUCUCAACUUCAGAUCUAGAUGCCAUUUCUAGUGCCAAAGAUGACUUUACAAAGACCCAAAUAAUUUUAGCUAGUAGGUGUGAAAAGAUGGGUGUAUCUAGUGAAAAAAAUUUAAAAGAAUUGCUAACUAAAGAGCAAAGGCUUAUUAAGGACUUGAUAUCUGAUGACUUUAUUAUUUCAGUAGAACGUGAUAUCUGUGAUUUUGUGCGGGAAAUCAUGCGCAUAGACAGCAGGUUUAAAGGAACCAUUGUUUCUCGUAACCCAGUGUUUGAAAAGUGUGAAUUUUUCUUACCAGAGACCUUUGAAUUCUUUUGUGAAUUAGAGAGUUAUCAUGCUCUGAGUGAAGGUUGUAUUUCCCUUGGAAAAACUUUGAAAAAUGCAAAAGAUGGUGAAUCUGUGGAUAUCCUGAAAUCAACUAAGGACCAAGAAUUUUUUAGGGGGUCAAAUUUCAAACUUUCAUUUUACAAAGCUGCUAAACAAGCACUGCAAAACUUUACUUUCAAGACAUUGGCUUUAAUACCACCAUUUUUUGGUCAAAGUUUAACAGGUAUUUUUAUUUAUGGCUUAUUAACUAAUAAACCUAGAAUGAAUUUAGUGCAAAUAGCAAUAACACCAGUUCUUAAAGUACCAUCCUUUACAGACAGUGUUCUUCGUAAAAGAUACCAGAACCAACUUCAAUUCCCAGGAAAUGAACAUCUAGCAAACACUGAAGACAGCAGAUGGAUUUAUUUAUCAAAUUUCACCCCUAAACAUAUUCUCUCAGCAUUAACUGAAGAUGAACAGAUGGUGCUUUGGACAUGCCUUUAUUUCAGGAAGUUGCUGAGCCUAUGCUGGUGGUUACCAAAGAAACAAGAGAGACGGGUUGGAUGUAUUUGGCAGUCUUAUCCUAUUAGUGUGGAUUUCCCAACCCAAAGAUUGUUAAUUUUCAGUUUCCUAGAUGAAUUAGUCGAAACCAAGGAUGGUCACUGGAAAAAAGAAAACUAUCUAGAUAAAGUUGUGUGUGUUUUAAGGAGGUGUUCUCCUCCAACGAAACGUAAAGUGUCUUUCCUUAGUGAUUCACCAAUAGUUAAUCCACUCACAAGUAUAUCUGCUGUGAUGGCCUUCUUAGAAAAGAUCACAGUCAAGAAUGGGCUUGAGCCUCAGGAAGAUUCACAUAAUUCUGCACCAAAGUCAUUUGGAAAGUUUGGUAAGACUAACAAAGCCGUUUCUAAAAAUUCCUUAAAUGUGGAAUUGGAGUAGCUGCAACACAGCAAAGAUGGUUAAUUCUGACAUGUGCUCAAGUACCGAAUGCAGUGAUUUUAAUCCCCCAUGGUAGCUGUACCAUUACAGCUUAUGUUUAAAAUACUCAAAUAUUUUUCUUUUUCAGUGACUAUAGCAGCUUUUUUAAAAUAUUGUUGUAUAUGACUAUUAAAAAAAUACUA